AUGGCAGGAUCUAUAGUCAGAACAUUCUGUGUUAUAAAAAAUUUACCAACUCCUACAACAGGUUUAUUAGCUUCACAACAGACUGCUCGUAGCUUUCACAAGCACCUAACAAGUCCGCUGACAAAAUCCUGUUGUCCAUGCCAGGUUUUCUGUCAGAGAUGUGCCAAAAGUAGUACUUCAGUAUUUAGUGCAGGUUUCUCUAGCUACAGAGGAGAUGGUUGUAUUAACAGUUUGUAUGUUGGUAAGAAAGAUUUACUGUGUGAGACUAGAAAUGUGAGCUUCAGGAUGGGCAGCAAGAUUUCUCAAGUGAGGAACAAGUCCAAAACCACACAGCAGGAUACUGAAAAUGAAGAGAAUGAUUCGGACCAAGAUGAUGCACUAGAUGAUGAUGACUUUGAUGCCCCACCACAGUUCAAAGUCCAGAAGAUUACUGCAGCUUCUAACAGAGCAGAUGCUGUUAUCAGCCAUGCUUUGAAUAUAAGCAGAAAUGAAUUUGAGGAGAUUUUCUUGAAAUCAGCACUUUAUUUAAACGGAGAAAAGUUACUGAAGAAAUCAGUGAAGAUGGACACAGGUGACUAUGCAGACGUUGUUUUGGAAAAGACAGAAGAUCAGCUAAAGGUGAAAAGAGUGAAAGUUCUGAAAAUCUACUCAGACAAGACCAGCAAAGACAGGAUGAUUUUGAAGGUUCGAGUCUGGAAGACUCCAUUUUUAUUGCCAAAACCUGAGUUUAAACCUCACAGUUCUUCAUAA